AUGUGUAUGGAAAACAUUAUAGUGACAUGUUGAUAAUCGGCGUGCUAACGUUGAAAUUAAUUGUAUGUGUUUCAACUGCCAAUGUUAACAGGAACAAUGUUUGUUCUACAUUUAGUGCUUACGGGAACAUUUCAAGGGACAAACGUUGCUUCUAUAACCCCGACUUAGACUCCAACCCGGCGGAAAUUGCCCAAAUCCAUGGGUACGCUUUAGAAACCCAUUUAGCCACAACUGAGGAUGGAUAUAUUAUCAGCAUCUUCAGAUUAAAAAAGAACGAAGACCAGAAGGUAUUCGGCCAACCUGUUGUUCUUCAGCAUGGCAUUCUCGUCGAUUCUUUGUCAUGGAUAAUCUCAGGAAAUAAUUCAUUAGGUUUCCAUUUGGUCUCCAAUGGAUUCGAUGUAUGGCUUCCGAAUUUCAGAGGAUCUACGUUUUCCGGCAAACACGUUAAUCCGUCCAUUAGCGAAAAAAAAUAUUGGAAUUUUAGUUUUCACGAAUUGGGUGUUUACGAUAUACCGGCAAUUGUGGAGAAAGUAGCCAAAAUUACCCUUCGGAAUGACAUCGUUUUUCUCGGUCACUCGAUGGGCUCGACAACUUCUUUGAUAUAUCCAUCAAUGAAGCCGAAACACGCCGAAAAAUACAUAAAAGGAUUCAUUUAUACAGCACCGGUGGCUCAUUUUGAUCAUACAAAAGGUGCUGUUAGUGCAGUACUUCCAUUUUACGGUCUAAUCAAGAACCUUUUGGAAUCUUUUCGUGUUUAUGCUAUAGGAACGUUGCCAAAGCUCCAAAGCUUUGUUACCGGCUUAACUUGUGGUAAUUACCCCAAUAUAUUAAUAUGCCAGAUUGUUUAUUCCUUCUCUACUGGUUUAGUAGUUCAACAAGUAAGGCCGGAUAUAUUGCCGGUUAUUAUGAAAUUCUUCCCAACUGGCACUGCUGUUAAAUGUUUAAUGCACUACGCUCAAAUCGCGUUGGCUAAAGGUAGAUUUCAGCAAUUCGAUUAUGGAAUUGAGGAAAAUAAAAAAAUCUACAAUUCACCUGUUCCUCCUGAAUAUGAUGUAGGAAAAAUUACGGUACCUAGUGAAGUUUUCGCCAGUAAAAAUGACUUUUUGACAGAUUAUGAGGAUGUCACUAGGUUAUACAAUGAGCUAAAAUGUCCUAAAAACAUGCAUACCUACGACCUCGGUCAUACCGACUAUUUAUAUGGAAAAAACGUUAACGAAUUAUAUAAUGGUAUUGUUCAAGCUAUAAAGAGCUUUGAUUUGAAUAAAAGCAACAAAAUAAUUACUUAAUUAAUAUAUGCCUUUUAAUUCUAAAUAAACCAACACUCUC